AUGCCGACUUCAGGCCCUCGCUUCCCUCGCGACGAGUACGAUAUAGUCUCCCCUCGUCUCAUAAUCAGGACAGCUCAAGAAUCAGAUGCAGAAGGCCUUCUUCAAUAUCUUCAGACGCCGGAGAAUUUUCCCUACUUUCCCUGCGAGAAAGACCUCACAUUGGAGAGACUACGAGGCCGCUUCAGCAGAUGGAAGGCUAUGCAGCCCGAAGGCAAGAACGCCUUCAUGGUCAUCACUUUGAGGGAGACGGGAGAGGUCAUCGGACAGGGCAGCUAUAACUGCUUUGAAUGGGUGGAGUCUACAGCGGCAGCCGGUGAAAGCGGCUCAGAAGCCGAGGAGAAGAAGAAGCUGUUUACAGAUCUAGGGGUUAUGAUUGAUCACAAGCACUGGCGCAAGGGCCUUGGUACCGAGGCGUAUUGCUCGCUCAUGGAGUUCGCCAUUGCUGAGCUGGGAUGUGAUCUGUUCAGGACGGAGACGGCUGCGGAGAACGAACCUUGGAAAGCUACUGUUCGGAGUCUGGGCUUGAGCGACGUUGAGAGCUUCGGUCCUCAGAGUUACGAUGCUAAUGUUACGGGCUGGGUCUGGAAGUAUAAUGCAAGAGACUGGCAGAAGGCAAAGGCUGGGCUCCAGGAGAAGGGGAAAUGGCCCAUGUAG